CGAAAAAGUACUCAGGAACGAUGACGGCGUCGGUCGUGGAUGAGUUCGAAGCGGACGCGAGGUCGUCGUUGGCGCUCUUCUGCUUUGGAGACGCGUCCGAGUACACCCUUGUGUCCCAGCAGGUGCAUCCCGCGUCGGGCCGGCUACGACUCCAGCUCGACGAGCGCGUUUUGCGGUCGAAAGGAAACGACUCGACGCUCUAUGUGGUCCGAGCCGCGAUGCACAUCCCUGCCGCCCAGCUCUGUGAAGUGCUUCCGAUCCUGAUGGACGGACACGAGAGCAACAUGCAGGACACAGCCCAGUUCUUCUUUGGCAGCAAAGUCGUCGAGUACGACGAGAUUGCUCGGACAACCACCGACUCAGGGUCGUCCCUGAGCGUGAAGACAAUGGUCGCGGACCAAAACAACAUGCUCAAAUCGCGGUUCCAAGCGUCGUUCGUUGACUUUUCGACCGUGAUCUCGCCAGACUGGAUGAAGCAGCGCGACAUGACCGACAUGCACGUUCGCGUCAUCCAAAGCCUGCCUGAACCGUUGGACGCGAACAAAGACAAGCCGAUCGCUCCCCGUGGCUUCAUGGCCCGCGAGUCACCUGACGGCACCGGCGUCGAUGUUCAGUGCGCCAUGUCGUUCGUGGAAGCAGGCCUCAUCAACUUGCCGCGCCGGUCUCGCUACCAGCGCCUCGCUUUAGGCGUGCUUAAGCUCGAAGACAUCGUCGUGUCUCGCCGCGUGAGUCGGUCGUUCCGCGAGCGUUCCGAGCCGUCGGCGUGGGUUAGCGACGGUGUCCGGCAGACUUGCCACAUUUGCGUGACCAAGUUCCGCGUCAACAAACGCCGCCACCACUGCCGUCUCUGCGGCGAAGUCGCAUGUGAUACAUGCGCCCCCAAAGUGGACAUCGUGCUUCCGGCGGUGUCGGCAGAAAACGAACCGCGUGUGUCGUCGGUACGCAUCUGCAUGGCGUGCGUCCACAAGGACCCAGCGUCGAUGCCGGCGCAUCAACAGUCCCCGCCGACGCCUUCGACCUCGUUCGGCUCGACAGAUACCCCACGGCGGCGCGCCCGCGCCACGUCCAUUGUCGACGCGAUUUCCGACGCCAUGUACUUCAAACAAGGCACAGCCGUAUCUCCCGACGUCGCCGCCAACGGCCCGCCCAGCUGCAUCAGUAGCAACGACUCGUGCGGCAGCGACAGUGGCACGGACGACCUCGACUCGGACGAGCGACUCCUCAACUUGUCGCUGGGCGUUGGCCACUUGUCGAAUCCCAUGGCGCCGUGCGAUGACUUCUGCGCGUGCUGCCACGACACACUCGGCGCGAUUCGAUACGAAUGCGCGGGGUGCACCGACAUGGUGUGUGGCGCAUGCAACCUGCAAGUGUACAAACGGCGGGGCCGUCCCCUCCAUGAGCCGGAGAACCUCUGCCGUGCAUGCGUCCUCGCCGACCAAAAGGCCGAACAACACGCUCGUCCGCCCGCCGCCCCGAAGAAGGUCGUGUCGGGCCCAUCGUCGCCGCUUUCCCACGCAAUUGCAGCCAAGAAAGCGCUCGCAUCCAAGUCUUACAUUGGCCAAGCAUCGCCGUUGAUGCACAUGUGGCACAAUUAGGUGUAGUGUCUCUCUGUUGAGUUGUGAAUCCAUCCCCUAUUUAUUGGAACGAUGUUGAAAAAGCCGCCCUCUCGGCGACUCG